CAGGCCUCCCGGGAGCCCAUGUCCGAGGAAAGCGACUCCCUGAGAACCAGCCCCUCGGCCGCGUCCCUCUCGGACCAUGAGCUGCCGCCGCGCCGCGCGCCGCCGGCCUACGUGUGCUCGCUGAGCGAGGAGCUGGUGGCCCGGGCCCGGGAGGAGCUGCAGGAGAAGCCCGAGUGGCGGCUGCGGGACGCGCAGGCCCUGCGCGACAUGGUGUGCAAGGAGCACCCGCACCUGGGCACGGCGCUGGACGACGCCUUCCUGCUGCGCUUCCUCCGCGCCCGCAAGUUCGACUACGACCGCGCCCUGCAGCUGCUGCUCAACUACCACGGCUGCCGGCGCAGCUGGCCCGAGGUCUUCGCCGACCUGCGGCCCUCGGCGCUGCGCCACGUGCUGGCGUCCGGCUUCCUCACCGUGCUGCCCCACGCGGACCCCCGCGGCUGCCCCGUGCUCUGCCUCCGCCCAGACCGGUGGGUCCCCAGCAGCUACCCCAUCACCGAGAACAUCCGAGCCAUCUACUUGACGCUGGAGAAGCUCAUUCAGUCUGAAGAAACCCAGGUGAAUGGGAUUGUCAUUCUGGCCGACUACAAAGGAGUGAGCUUGUCCAAAGCAUCUCAUUUCGGCCCUUUUAUAGCCAAAAAGGUGAUUGGCAUCCUCCAGGAUGGCUUCCCCAUUCGGAUCAAGGCAGUCCAUGUCGUGAACGAACCUCGAAUCUUUAAGGGCAUCUUUGCCAUCAUCAAACCGUUUCUGAAGGAGAAAAUAGCAAACAGAUUUUUCCUCCACGGGUCCGACCUGAGCUCCCUGCACGCGAGCCUGCCCCGGAGCAUCCUCCCCGACGAGUACGGGGGCACGGCCGGAGAGCUCGACGUCUCCUCCUGGAGCGAGGUGCUGCUGGCGGCCGAGGACGACUUCGUGAGAGAGUUCUGCCAGGCCGUGCCCGCGGGCGACCCCGUGCCGGGCCAGGCUGUGCCGCCCGAGGGGCUGGCCGCGGAGGCGCAGUGUGACGACUCCCUGCGGGCCGUGAAGUCCCAGCUGUACUCCUGCUACUAG